CAAGCUCUAUUGUUGUAGCUUUAUCACUAUCAUUUUUGUUACUUUUGCUAUUAUACUUCCGUACACCCAUCCUGCCGUAACUCAUACCAUCUACUAUCUGCUGGGGAAUCAUUACUUUUUGCUCAUCCUUCUUAAAUGGAGACAUCCUGUCUUAAGUUGGUCCUUGUGCUUGGAGAUCUCCACAUUCCCCAUCGGGUCAGUUCACUUCCGGCAAAAUUCAAGAAGUUGCUAGUUCCAGGACGCAUCCAACACAUUCUGUGCACGGGCAACCUGUGCACCAAGGAGAGUUAUGACUAUCUCAAAACCUUGGCUGCUGAUGUCCAUGUUGUGCGUGGUGACUUUGAUGAGACAAGCUAUCCGGAACAGAAGGUGGUAACAGUUGGACAGUUUCGGAUUGGCAUGUGCCACGGCCACCAGGUGGUGCCUUGGGGAGACCCCGCAGCACUCUCCCUCAUUGCAAGGCAAUUAGAUGCUGACAUCCUUAUCUCUGGUCACACUCACAAGUUUGAAGCAUUUGAAGCAGAGUCAAGAUUCUUUAUCAAUCCUGGUUCAGUAACAGGAUCAUAUAGUGCACUUGAUGGAGAGAUCACGCCUUCGUUUGUACUGAUGGACAUACAGAGUUCGACUGUGGUGACCUACGUUUACCAGCUGAUUGGUGAUGAAGUUAAAGUAGAAAGAAUAGAAUAUAAAAAAGUAAACUAAAUGUCUGAAAAGAUAAUAAGUGUUAAAUAGAGAAAGAAUGUUAGAGAAGGCUAAUUGGCCUUUUCUAAUUUUUCUUUAGUUAAAAGGCUUGGAUAACUUGGCAUUGUAUGUCAAAGCACCAUAUUGAAGUACAUCAGAGGUGCAAGAGCACUUUCAUAUAUUACUAUAAUUUUUGCACUCAGAAGAUUCAAUAAGAACAUAAGGCAGUAAGGUCAAUGUAUCUUUUAUUAAAUUUGCUCACAAAAUCCGUAUUCAGUUUUGUAUCAAUUUUGUCACUGUGUUAUUUUACUUUAAGACAGUAGAAUCACUAUCUGUGCUGCCAAAAUGUUUUUAGGUACUCAUGCACAGCUAGAAAUGUUCUAUAUCCUAAAGGCCACCUUAUUGUAUAAUCUCUUAAAUCUACAUUGUCUUAGGUAACACAUACGUACACACCACUCACCAGUUCAGUGGUUUUGUACCUGGUUGUCACCUUACAGGUUGAGGUUUGUUGUGUUCACAAGACUAGUUUUUUUUUCUUACUGAUGGGUGAGCAGUUAGUGUCUUCCUUUAACAAGAAUUGGAUAUGUGGUGGGAAAAGUCUUGGCCUUACCCACAGAUUGGGCAACAAUGAGCUCUAAGCUCUCCUUGGGAGAGAGUAGCUGGCAGUUAGGAAUUUAACACAUGAUCUCCAACAAGAUGCAUGUGCACACACACACACACACACACACACACACACACACACACACACACACACACACACACACACACACACACACACACACACACACACAGAGAGAGAGAGACUGCAUAGUGUAGUGGUUAGCACACUUGGCUCACAACCAAGAAGGCCUGGAUUUGAAUCCCAGGCAUGACGAGGCAAAUGGGUGAGCCUCUUAAUGUGUAGCCCCUGUUCACCUAGCAACAAGUAGGUGUGGGAUGUAACCCAAGGGGUUGUGACCUCACUGUCCCGAUGUGUGGUGUGUCAGUGGUCUCAGUCUUACCUGAAGAUCGGUCACUAUGUGCUAUGAACUCUUUCCGUAGCAAAACGGCUGGCUGGGUGACCAACACACACACACACACACACACACACACACACACACACACACACACACACACACACAAAUUGUGAGUUUAAGGAUAUGGAGCACAUACAAAACAAUAAUCCUACAAAUCUUACAUGAAACUUCACAUUUGACCACAAGUUAGCUGUUUGUUGCUCAGGAAACUGAUUUGCACACAGCAUUUUCUUGAGCUUGAUGAUAUUUGUAUCUCUCCACAUUAUAUGAAUUUCACCAAAUAUCAAAAACGUUGUAUAAAUUUGUCAAUGGUUGAACACUUUUGUUAUGCCUCUGUCUGUUGUCAGUUGUUAUUGAUACAGUUACUCAAGUAUUUUCAUUCCACUCACUUUUCACUACAACACUACAGAAGCAGAAUGUUAAUAACCUUGAUAACACCAUAACAGAAUGUCAGGUAUUAUCAACCUCAGUGAAUGGAAGUGGUGAUUCUACUGUUCUACUGUUAUUAUAAGUUUAGGAAAAUUGCUGAAGAUAUUACAAUCAUGAUUUGAUGUUUUGAGAUGUCAGAAUUAAUUGCUAUUUAAUUAUGUAACUGUUAAUAAUAGCCAUCAGUGAAGCUGUAUUUAUCUGAAUGAAAAAGAUCUGGUGUUUUAUAUAGGUAUAUAUAACUAAGUAUACAGGUAAAAUAUGUUGUUACACACGAUAUGAUCAUAUCUGAUCCUGACUUCAAAUUAUGGAAGAUAGUUAUAUUUACUCAAAUUCCAUUUGUAAGUAUUUCCAUAUUUUGAUACUGUAUUAUUUUUGUGGAGAGUUUUGCUAUUAAGUUGUGAUUUUGAGCAUUGUUAGUAAACUUGCAGGUAUUUUGCUAUGCUAGAUAGCUGAAUUUGUUUGUUGAUUACAAAAACUGAUAUGCAAUAUACAGUGCACUGUGCAAAUGUGCACUGAUGGUGUAGAGUGCUUCCCCUUAAUAUGGAGAAGGUAAAUUAAUAUAUGGAGAGAUUGGUUCCAGAUACAUGAAAAUACUUAUGGAAAUUAGCAGAUUUUACAGUAAGUAUAAAGAAUUGUUUAAUAGGAUGAUGUUUGUGCCAUAUUGGUCAACAUGUCAAGGAAUGGUUCGAUGACUAUGUGGGUAAUUACAUCGAAAUUGACCAGCAAACAGUUCUCGCCUUUACUCAGUCAUGAAUUUAUGGUCUCUUGUGUGAAAAACAUCCAGCUUCUGUCUGGUUAUGCUUUUGGUGAUGGUGCAUAAACAUGUUUCACUCAGUGCAACCUGUCCAAGUUUAAAAAAGUAACAAAGACAAAUUGCAGUCAGUGUUAGAAGAAAAAUAAUAAUAACCAAAGAAGUGCACAGACUUGGUACAAAAGAAAGGCUACAACUACUUGGAUAUACAUUCAGACUGUUAAUUAAAUUGAAACAUAAGAAAAUGAUGAGUAAUAGAAAACCAGUCAUGAUGCAGUGCAUAACAGGGUUUCAGAUUCUAUUUGGGAUUAGUGCAGAACCAUUUAUGGGAGACCUCAGCUCAAGAAAGGCUGCUAUUUUUGAGGCACUGUUUUAAGAGGUAGCACUGUUUGAAGAAAAUCUGAUGGAAGUACUGAGCCACUGAUAUUUUCAGUUUUUGAUAUUAUACAUACAUAUUAUGGAUUAAUUUCUUUCUUAUAUCUGAGGGUGUAUUUUCACUUAGGCAUUUAUGUAAAUGAACUGACAAAAUAUGGCAAGGCUACACUUUUCCCCGAGUCAGUGAACCUUUCCUUGAUCUGGGAAAUUGUAUGGAUAUAUUGAACAACUGUUCUUGUCUCAGCUUGUUUCUUUAAUAUCUCCAUCUCCUCAAUGAUCAGUGGCUUGGAAAUCUUGCCAUGGUGCAACUCUAUACCACAUUCUAAUUAGAGACUGGAAACUGUUUCAACCUGUAACUUGUGGUUAUUUAAUGAAUGUUAAUUGUUGGUACAACCAGAUAUCACCAAAAUAGAUUUUUUGUAAAUCAAAGUGGAAAUGAAUCUAAGCUACCUUUAUAGUGAGCAGCUAAAACAGUGUUUACAUGAGGACUGAGAGAGACCUGAAUGCCUUCCUGCCCUACAACUUGUAUCAUCGUGUAGAGCAAGGGGAUGGAUGCCUUGUUCCUUCUUUUUGUCCCAUUUUGCCAUGUUUUAUGACAUGUAGAGAAUAUGGACAUGCCAUGUCCCCUGGGUGACUGUACCACUGGAUGUAUGGAUCAUACUGUAGUGAGUAAGUAAAGUGAUUACUAUAUCUCUAUAUUCUCCACAA